AUGGAUCCUUUUGUGAAGGCUGGAGACAUCAAUGGUGCCAAGAAAUCCAUGGAAGCUCUCCAGAAGCUUGACCCCUCACGACCAGAAGCAUACCAGCGUCUUGCCGUAUGUUUCGAGAUAUCAGGGCAAACGGCAGAAUGUCGGGCAUGCAUGGAGGAAGCAUGUAAGCGAUGGGCAUUGAUUGCUCUGACAGGACAAAAGGGGGCGGUGCUGCGAAGCACUCUGCGUGCGAAACCAGAUUGGUGGUGCCAUGGUGGAAUGCUCAAACGCGUCACAAAGGUGGCACUCACUGCAGCCAAGGCAGGCCUAGAAGAUCCAAAAGUCGCAGUAUAUUAUUCCCAUUCUCCAACAGAAGAUACUAUAGGCGCACUGGAAAAUAUGCGGGUCCAGGCGCUUUCUGGAUGUAACGGUCAGCAAGCCAUCCCUGUGACCCGCAAAGAGGAAGAAAUAGAGGAAACCAAGAGAAUGUUCCGGGGUGCCUUGGAAAAUGUUGAAGGUGAAGCCAAAUCCGACAUGUUGCUACGCAUGCACAAUGUUCUGAAACAGAUGACUGCGGAGCAAACCAAUGCUUCUGCUUUGGAGUGUGGGGAAGCUGGUUUGUGGGUCCUUGUCCAUGGCCUGAGCUGCCAAACUGGACAGCCACUGAAUGGCAAACUUUAA